GGCAGAUUAAUCGGUGACGAGAUCGUCUCUCAGCUGAACAGCUCUGUGACCGCAGCUCUGGAUGCAGCAUCUGUCAGCGUCGAAGAUAUCAGGAGAGUGAUGGACAGCCUGCAGUCUAUCAGAGACGAGAGACAGACUCUGCAGAGCCGGCAGCCUGUCCUCAUCACGAAUCUGAGCGAACGGAAGAACAAUCUGCAACAAAUACUCAGGAGCCCCGCCUGCUCCAACUGUCAGCCCCUCUCCCUUUCUACAGACAAGCUGCAGAUCGAGGCAGACUACAGCAAGAUUCCCAGUGUGGACAGCGAGUUGAACAAGAUGAAAGACAUCGCUGCUUACAAUCUGCAGGGUCAAAUUGAGAAGGGAUUGGAGACAUUCAAGAACAUCCCUCAGAUGACCGUCAACAAGACCAGCUCUACAGUAGAGAGUAGCAAGGUGGCUCUGGAUGGGAUUCAGCCUGUGCUGGCCAGCCUCCUCUCCCCUUCCCUGAGCUCAGCCAGUGCUUUCAUCACCAACAUACAGCUGGGACUCAGGGAGCAGGGCCCCGAGGUGCAGCGAUACGACUACAUCAGGUGGAAUGUGUCCAUUGUCCUGUGCAGUAUGAUCCUGCUCAUUGUGCUGCUGAAUUUCCUGGGCCUGGCGUUCGGGAUUAGGGGGGUGUGUUCACGGCAGGAUCCCGGCGUGCCAAACUGUCCGUCCAGCUCUGGAGCAAAUCUCCUCAUGGCGAGUGUUGGGUUCAGCUUCCUCUUCUCGUGGCUGCUGAUCCUGCUGGUUUUCGUCUUGUUCUUCGUGGGAGGGAAUGUGGAGACCUUCUUCUGCAGGAACUGGAAGAACCAGGAGCUGUUCAAGUUCAUAGACACGCCAGGAAAUCUGCCCAACAAUCUAGACAUCACAAACGCCUUCGGGAUCAAAUUCAACAUCAGCACUGUUUACAAUGGCUGCAGGGCUGGCCGGUCUCUCUACACAAUUCUCAAUCUGGAUCAGCAAUUUAAUCUGCAGAACUUCCUGGAUAUCAAUAAGCUCUCUGCAGAGUUCACUGCGAAGCUGGGCUUGCUGAGUGUGGAUCGCAGUGGGGUGCAGCUGCUGUCUGACGAGGGGCGAGUUCAAGUACAGGAGUUCAGAGACAGCGGCGUCGAGUCCUUCAAUAGCACAGAGUUAAAUAAAAACCCAGUGCAAAUCGACCUGCUGAUGUUUGCAGCCCAGCUAGAGAAGAAGGCGUUGGAGCAGGUGGAUCCUCUGGUAAAAAACUAUUUGACAGACGAAGCCCAAAAACUGAGAGUCUUGCAAAGAGACAUCGUAGACUUGCAGAUGAGCGACGUGGGAAGCUUGAAUGCCAGCCUCAAUGCCCUGUCCUUCACCAGCAAAGCCCUGCAGGGUCACGCUGAUAAAACCUUAACCAGCCUAGACACUGUCGAGAAUAAACUCAACACCGAUGUGCCUGCCAUUGCAAGAACGCUGUCCAGCUGUUUUCUUCUUGAAUGGUUGACCUCUUUGCAGCAAUACCUGGACUGGGCUAUGAAAGCGGUUGCUGAGGCGUUGAGUUGCCAGUCUGUGGCUGUCUCUCUGGAUAACAUCUACACCAUCAGCUGUGAGAAUGUAGUGAACCCCUGGAAUGCGUUUUGGUUGAGUCUGGGCUGGUGCACGCUCUUCCUCAUCCCCAGCAUCAUCUUCGCCGUCAAAACAGCUAAACACUUCCGAGCCGUGAGGAGCAGCUCCAAAUCCCAAUCCCCCCCCCCCUCCCCUCCCUCCUUCCCUCCCACCGACCUCCUGGCUCUGGAUACCAUGUUUGUUCAGGUGUCCCGUGCGAAGCCGCACCAGCAGAGGCGCUCCUCGCUCGUCUGGAAGGAACAGCAUCAUCACGUUUAG